CAGUAAGUAUGCGGAGUAUGUGGCAUUACCCAGUCAGUGUAGUAAAGUCUGCUGCCGAGCCGCUGCCGAGCCGUCUGGAUACACACUGACCUUCCGCUGGAGCUCAGCCGCUUCACCUCUUCACCUUACCUGCUUUAACGUCAAGAACCACGAACCAUGCCAAACUGGGGAGGAGGCAACAAGUGCGCAGCAUGCCGUGGGACAGUUUACCACGCUGAGGAAGUGCAGUGUGACGGCAAGAGUUUCCACAAGUGCUGCUUUCUCUGCAUGGUCUGCAGGAAGGGCUUAGACAGCACCACACUGGCUAUUCACGACCAGGAGAUCUACUGCAAGUCCUGCUACGGGAAGAAGUACGGCCCCAAAGGCUACGGCUACGGCCAGGGGGCGGGGACGCUCAACAUGGACCGAGGAGAGCGGCUGGGAAUCAAACCCGAAGAGACACAGACUCACAGGCCGACCACCAACCCCAAUCCAUCCAAAUUUGCCCAGAAGUUCGGAGGCUCAGAGAAAUGCGCCCGGUGUGGAGACUCUGUCUAUGCAGCCGAGAAGAUCAUGGGAGCAGGCAAGCCGUGGCAUAAGAACUGCUUCCGAUGUGCAAAAUGUGGCAAGAGCCUGGAGUCGACCACUCAGACUGAGAAAGACGGAGAAAUCUACUGCAAAGCGUGUUACGCCAAGAACUUCGGGCCCAAAGGGUUCGGUUACGGCCAAGGAGCCGGCGCUCUGGUUCACGCUCAGUGACGGCUGAACUGGAUCGCCCCGACAAUCACGAUACAUUCCCCUCUGUCCUACAUGAACAUCGACCAGCUCGUUUUUUCUUCCUCAAAUGCUUUUAUGUUGAAAUAGGUUCUCAUGAUACAAAUAAAAACAUUAAACCAAA